AUCAAAUGGAAAGUGAAACAAGUACUUCAGAAGAACGAGGAAAGGAUAAAGAUAAUGAUCCCAAAGACCUUGAUAUGAUAGAGAAAAAAGCAUAUUUGAUUAUUUUUGAAUAUUUACAGAAUAAUAGCCUUGGCACGACUCAAACCAAAAGGAAUAUCGGACAAAGAUUUAAUGAACGAAAUGCCAAAGCUACAAGCAAACCAAAGAGCACAGACUAUUAAUAAACUACUUGGAAAAGGAUAUCUUGAUUUGUACAAACACAAUGGAUCAUUGCUUUAUAUGUUAAAAGAUCCGUCUAAAACUAAAAUUGCUAAGGGUUCUGAUAACGAAGAAAAGAUUGUCUACAAUAUAAUUGAAGAGGCAGGCAAUAAGGGAAUAUGGAUUAGAGACAUAAGAACUAAAUCUAAUCUAGUACUUAUUCAAUUAAAUAAAAUUCUGAAAAAAUUGGAAAAUAAAAAGUUUAUUAAAGCAGUGAAAUCUGUAGCAGCGAAUAAAAAAAAAGUUUAUAUGGUCUAUAACUUAGAACCAGACAGAUCCAUUACCGGUGGUGCAUGGUAUCAAGAUCAAGAUUUCGAAGCAGAAUUUGUAGAAAUUCUUAACCAACAAUGUCUUAAAUUUUUGGAGAAAAAAAGAGAAGAUGCAAACAAAUGGGAUGGCGGCCCUUUAGAUGCCAGAAAUAUAGCAUUUGCCUCGUCUACAGAAGUUUUGAAAUUUAUUUCAGAUUUAGGAAUAAGCAAGGUCAAAUUAACGGUUGCGGAUUUAGAAAUGAUUUUAAAUACUUUGAUAUACGAUGGAAAAGUAGAAAAAUCCGUGUCUACCGAUGGAACUAAUAUGUAUAGAUCCAUAAAACCAUUAUUAACCUCUUCAGGUCUAUUGAAAGCUCCUUGCGGAGUUUGUCCUGUUAUGAAGAAUUGUUGCGAUAUAGGAGAUGUUACACCUACAAAGUGUUUAUACAUGAAGGAGUGGUUGGAGUUUUGAAGAUAUGUACAUUUCUAAUCGAUUAUUAAAUAAAAGAAAAAAAACAAAAACAAA